UGUCAGUCGGCAACUGUCACAUAAAACAAACCAAGCGUUUGCUCACGUUUGCUUUAUCGAUACCACUUUCAACAUACAUUAAUGUAUUUUUUAGUACACAAAUAUACAUAAACCUUCAGUGUUUUUAUGCAAUUUUAAUACACGUUCUGCAUAUAUAAUAAAGAGUAAUUAUGCUUCGAGCGAGGUCACAAACUAAUAUUUGUGAACAAGAAGUUAAAUUUGUGCAAGAGAGAAUUUCAGCGACAGAAAAAAACUUUUCCGAACUUUGUACGGUUUUCGCUGCAUUUACGAGGAAAGCAGCAAGACUGAGAGACAAGAAUGAUGAGGUUGCUAAAGCAGUAGAGAACUAUGCCAAAUCAGAGAGUAUAAAUCGUUCGCUGAGUACAAGCCUCACAAAUUUUGCAUCCACUCUCUCUGUCAUUGGCGAUUACAGGGAUGCCGAAGUACAGAGACUGGACUCGAAAGUUAUCUCUACGUUAUCUCAGUACUCGGCAACGUGCAAAAAUGCUCGCGAAGACGUUAAAAAUACAUUUACUGCUCGGGAACGAGAAGUCAGUCGAAGACGACAUUUGGACAAAGUGAGGGAACGAAAUCCCAGAAAUCGACAAUUGAUUUCGCAAGCAGAGUCCGAAUUGAUGAAGGCUUCAAUGGAGAUGGCACGAGUGGUUAAGGGCUUGGAAGAGCAAAUAGAUUCAUUCGAAAAGCAAAAAUUGCACGACGUUAAGACAAUUUUUUCAGAUUUUGUUACGAUUCAACUCAGCUUCCACGCCAAAGCUGUUGAACUGUUGACAAAAGCAUAUCAAGACAUUGCUGAGAUUGAUCAAGUCAGAGAUUUGGAGGAAUUUCGUGAAUUGAUGCAAGUGCCUGAUUCCAUGGCUCGGAUAGACGCUAUGAAACGAACAUCUAUUCGUCAGGCUUAUUCGCUAUCCAGUUUGGCCAGUCGCUUUUCAUCUCCCAGGGCACCUAAAAAACCUAACUUGCGUGCAGCGGAAUCUCUCGAUUCUCCGAAAAUGGAAUUUGCUCAUUCUUCCGAAUCAGCCCAAAUUGAAGAAUUCGGUGAGAGUUCUGAGGAUGAGACAUCCGAGUCAGAAUCUGAAUCUGCAGAAGAGAUGCCAAUAAAAGUCAUCGGACGUUUGCCCCAAAAAAAUGUCAGUCGCAUGGCACUGAGAGUAAUACCCCCUGUGUCCGGUUAUCAGAAAAACUUAGUAGCCUCAGUAAAUCGUCAGGUAUCGUAAUAUUUUCGACGCCCUGCUAUGCUAUACUGUACUUAAGACUAUACUGUAAAAAGCAAAAAAAAAAGUCUCAUUGUACU